UACUGAUUGCGUGGUAAACGUAAAGCAGCCCUGGCGCCAUCUUUCUCACCGGCUCCUCCGUCCGUCCGGCGGCGCGGAGGCUGUUUAACCGCUUUGACCGCUUUAAGCUCACCGUAACCGUGUUACCGGACUCCGGAGCGGCGCUCGGAAGGUGUGGGCCUCCUCUUUGAUAAGCUGAGCUCUUUCUCUCGUCAGCAGCACGAUGGCUGACAAGAACACCAGGAUCGCUAUCGUGAACCACGACAAGUGCAAACCUAAGAAAUGCCGACAGGAGUGUAAGAAAAGCUGCCCUGUGGUGCGGAUGGGAAAGCUGUGUAUUGAAGUGACGCCGCAGAGUAAGAUCGUGUGGAUCUCGGAGUCUCUCUGUAUCGGCUGUGGGAUCUGCAUCAAGAAAUGUCCGUUUGGCGCGCUGUCGAUCGUAAACCUGCCGAGCAAUCUGGAGAAGGAGACCACGCACCGAUACUGCGCCAACUCCUUCAAACUGCACAGGUUGCCCAUUCCACGUCCUGGAGAAGUGCUGGGUUUGGUGGGAACCAACGGAAUCGGAAAAUCCACUGCUCUCAAAAUCCUGGCAGGAAAGCAGAAACCCAAUCUGGGCAAAUACGAUGCUCCUCCAGACUGGCAGGAGAUUCUGGCCUACUUCAGAGGCUCUGAGCUGCAGAACUAUUUCACCAAGAUCCUGGAGGACGACCUGAAGGCCAUCGUGAAGCCGCAGUACGUCGACCAGAUCCCCAAAACUGUUAAGGGGUCAGUAGGAGACAUCCUGAGGAGGAAGGACGACACUAAAACAGAGGAGCUAGUGUGUGACCAGCUGGAUUUGCUGCACUUGCGAGAUCGUAACGUGGAGGAUCUGUCAGGAGGAGAGCUGCAGAGAUUCGCCUGUGCUGUUGUUUGCAUCCAGAGAGCAGACAUUUUCAUGUUUGAUGAGCCGUCCAGUUAUCUUGAUGUGAAGCAGAGACUGAGAGCUGCCAUCACCAUCCGAUCCCUCAUCUCACCUGACAGGUAUAUCAUUGUGGUUGAGCACGAUCUGAGUGUGCUGGAUUAUCUGUCUGACUUUAUCUGCUGUCUGUAUGGAGUGCCCAGCGCCUAUGGAGUCGUCACCAUGCCCUUCAGCGUCCGAGAAGGAAUUAAUAUCUUCCUGGACGGUUAUGUCCCGACUGAAAACCUGCGUUUCCGCGAGACCUCUCUGGUGUUUAAGGUGGCGGAGACGGCAGCGGAAGAAGAGGUGAAGAAGAUGUGCCGUUACCAGUACCCCAACAUGACCAAACGCAUGGGAGACUUCAUGCUCAGCAUCACUGAGGGAGAGUUCACCGAUUCCGAGAUCAUGGUGAUGCUCGGAGAGAACGGAACUGGAAAGACCACAUUCAUCAGAAUGCUGGCAGGAGGACUGAAACCUGACGGAGGAGGUGAAGUGCCAAUUCUGAACGUGAGCUACAAACCUCAGAAGAUCAGCCCCAAGUUUAAAGGCAGUGUUCGUGCGUUGCUACAUGAGAAGAUCAGAGACGCGUACACACAUCCCCAGUUUGUUACCGAUGUCAUGAAGCCCAUGCAAAUCGAGAGCAUCAUCGACCAGGACGUUCAGAAUCUGUCUGGUGGCGAGUUGCAGCGUGUGGCGCUGGCCCUGUGUUUGGGGAAGCCGGCGGAUGUUUACCUGAUCGACGAGCCGUCGGCCUACCUGGACUCCGAGCAGCGUCUCAUGGCAGCCAGAGUCAUCAAACGAUUCAUUCUCCAUGCAAAGAAAACGGCCUUCGUAGUGGAGCACGACUUCAUCAUGGCCACCUACCUGGCGGACCGCGUGAUUGUGUUUGACGGAAUUCCCUCCCAGAACACCUCCGCCAACACGCCACAGACUCUGCUGGCUGGUAUGAACAAGUUCUUGGCCCAGCUGGAGAUCACAUUCAGGAGAGACCCCAACAACUUCAGACCAAGAAUUAACAAGCUGAACUCCAUUAAGGACGUGGAACAAAAGAAGAGUGGCAACUACUUCUUCCUGGACGACUGAAACUGAAGGGUCCAUUUCAAAAAAUGCAAACAAACAAAAAAAAAAAAUAAUGAUAAAAAUUCCCCCCACGGUGGUCCCUUGGGCCACGUCUCUCCCAAUAAGUGACAUCAUCCAGGAAGGUGAAGCAAUGGGACCGUUUAAACACUGACUGACAGACACCAACUCAUCAUUCUGAACCAGUGGGUCCAGUUCCAGUAACUCUGAGCAGUCCUCCUCUGCCUCGCCCUCUUCACACCAGCGCUGACCGUCUAACAGACUGGACCGGUCGGAGAAGUAAAGCCAGCGUUUUGGUUUUGAGUGCUGAAGCGGGUGAGGCAGAGGAGCCUGUUUAAGAAUUAUAGAGGGGACCUAGAAAGACUUCGGCUUCUGGGUGACCAGUUAUACACGUAGUAACUCCGAUGUGUUACUGGUCACAAAGAGCUCCAGCGGAGAGGGAGAGACACACCAAACACCAACUGUAUAUUUUGAAUAAAAUAUUUUAAUCAUUAUAUCAUGUGAUGCAUCUUAUUAAACAGUUUCUCAAGAA